AUGGGUGUCUCUAACAAAGUCACUGACGACAAUGAGGGCAAUGUCAUGGACAUCGCCCUCGGAUCUCUACGUGCACGUAAGAUCCCUCUGCUCAAAGUUGAGGGUCUAUCUUGGAUCCUCGAUCAAAACCUCCGCCCAGCAAUUGUCGUCGGCUAUGGCACGAACGACCCCGAGAAGAUGUCCAGCAUUCAUCACAUCAUCAAGUUCCACGUCAGAAAGCGCCCCAUCUUCAACGUAGUCUCUGCCAUGGAGGACUACGCCGUAAAGCAUACUCGUGUAGCUACGCCUAACGUCGUGAUCUUCGAUGGAAAGAUUCCUGCUGCCGACAUCACUUCAGCCAGGCACUAUCUGCAGGGACAUCGUGGUCUCGAAGUCCCUCUAAUCGACGGCUUCGAGGAAGAUGUCGGCGACAAGGGCAAGGCCAAGACGAAGAUUGCAGCUAAGCCUAAGGUUAAGGUUACCAAGACCAAGGUCGGUAAGAAGGCAAAGGUUCACAAGCGCGUCAGCUUCUUGAUCGAGGACGAUGAAGAUGACGGUCCCAUCCGUCGUUUGACACCAAUCAGAAGUCAACCCGUCUUCCAGGGGAAGUCACAGGCUGGAGGCCCAUCUGCAGAUGAGAGUGGCCAGUCCUCGUCCGAACGCGCUGACAGUGUCAUGGGAGAGUUCAGCUCCAGAGUGUCGUCUCCUAUCACCUCAAAGUCUACCUUCAAGACCUUAGCAGGUCUCACCCAGGUGAUUGACCCUGACACUCCCAUGCAUUCUGUCGAAGGUUACGGUCUCCAAACCCCAACCAGCUCGAUUGACGGAAAAUCUGGCGACAUCGACAUGCUGAGCGAAGAUCCAUGGUCCCUCAACGGUUGUGGUAGCACCAUGGCUCCCCCUAAGCACCCUGGCACAUACACCGCCCACGAGACAGACCCAACAUCAAAAAGCACCGAGACUGAUCCCAUCUACACAUAUACCUCAGAAGUCGAGCCAUACAACACAAACACCGAUUCGAACAUGGAGCGCGUACGGCAGCUAUGGCAGCAAGAGCAGGACUACGAGCCGAUCGAGGGAGGAUCAGUCGAGGAGGAACAACAAAGACAAGAGCUACGGGAGUCUUCGUCCUUUUCAUGGGCGGAAUACUCAAUCUUCCUGCUGCUCGGUGUGGCAAUGCUAUGGGCGUGGAACAUGCUGCUCGCCGCCGGGCCGUACUUCCAGAGCCGCUUCGCAUCGAGUGACCGUCUCCUGGACAAUUUCCAGGCCUCAGAGCUCGCUGUCUCCAGCAUCACCAACCUGGGCAGCAUGUUAGUUCUCACCAAUAUGCAGGCUCGCGCUUCGUAUCCUCGUCGUAUCGUCAUGUCUCUGUUGAUCAACCUCGUCGCCUUCGCACUGCUCGCCCUCUCGACAUGGUUUGCUCUUGGUGUUAGCGCCAACGCCUACUUUGCCUUUCUCAUCUUCAUCGUCUUCGUCACCAGUCUCGCCGCCGGCCUGUGCCAGAACGGCGUCUUCGCUUUCGUGUCCGGCUUUGGUCAGCCGCGUUAUACCCAGGCCAUCAUGACAGGCCAGGGCGUUGCCGGCGUCCUCCCCUGCAUCGCUCAAAUCCUUUCGGUGCUUUCUGUGGCCAAGUCGCCGUCAGAUGAGAAGUCUCCAGAUGGAUCAGAUACUUCUCCAGCGGUGCCUGGAACCGCUGCUUUCGCAUACUUCCUGACCGCGACUGUCAUCUGCGCCUCUACACUCCUCGCUUUCUUCUUUCUUGUCAGACAACAUAACACGAAGAAAGCCGUCACGGCUCACGAAGAUCUGGCAUCCUCUGUUGACAGCAUCGAGCAGCGCAGCAGGAAGUCUGUGCCACUUGCUGUCCUUUUCCGUAAGCUGCGCUGGCUCGCGGCUGCUGUCUUCUUGACAUUCACCGUUACUAUGAUGUUUCCCAUUUACACCCAACGUAUCUUGAGUGUCAGACAGUCAGACACCUCAUCCCGUCUUUUCCAAGCGCCUUCCUUCAUCCCUCUGGCGUUCCUCUUCUGGAACGCUGGUGACCUACUCGGUCGCUUGCUACCUGCUGUUCCUAGCCUUUCACUCAUACAUCGUCCAAAGCUCAUCUUCGUACUUUCUAUCGCUCGUGUUGGCUUCAUCCCCCUAUACCACCUCUGCAACAUUCGUGGUCAAGGUGCUGUUGUCAACAGCGAUUUGUUUUACCUAGUCGUUGUACAAUUGCUGUUCGGCCUAACCAACGGCUAUCUUGGCAGCAUGUGUAUGAUGGGCGCUGCCGAAUGGGUCGACCCGGAGGAAAGAGAGGCAUCGGGUGGGUUUAUGGGCUUGUGUCUCGUAGCCGGUCUUGCAUUCGGCAGUUUGAUCAGCUUCUUUGCCGCAAAAGCAUAG